CGUCUAUUCGCCCAGUAUGGAUCCCACAGGACCAGUAACCAUCCGUACUUCUAAAUUCAUAACCAACCGUCUUCUCAACCGUAAACAAUUCAUCAUCACCGUCCUCCAUCCAACUCGUGCCAAUGUUUCCAGAGCCGAAUUGGGCGAAAAGCUCGCAGAGUUGUACAAAUCUGAAAAGGAGAGAGUGGUAGUUUUCGGUAUGAAGACGAAAUUCGGUGGUGGUUCCAGUCAAGGUUUUGGUUUGAUUUAUGAUGAUGAAGAGAGUCAAAAGAAGUUUGAACCUAAACAUAGGCUUGUACGAAGCGCUCUCGCACCCAAGGUCGAGAAACCAUCGAGGAAGUUGAGGAAAGAACGUAAGAACCGUGGAAAGAAGGUUCGCGGAAAGGCUAAGGCCAAGACCGCCGAUGCAGCCAAGAAGAAGUAAUUGUCUUUGUUGGCAUGUAGGCAUGUUCUCGUUGCAUCGAGUUUCGUCAA